AUGUCUGAGUUCCGUCGCAAAUCCGGUCACAACUCCACGCUCCGCCAUCGGAUUAAUAGCCGCGUAUCGGUGCUCCAGAGAUGCAUCCUCCGUGCUCUACACCGCUUCCUCGCCUGCUCCGGAGCGAAGCCAGGGGCCAAUGCUAAUUACAGCAUGUUAACACCGCAUGCAGCAUUGCCGUCUCAGUCUCAUUCUCCGUCGCUGGGUUCGGGCAUCGAAUCUGCCUCGACGCCAGUUUUUCAUACGAAUGAAUUGGAUACUGAUUUGGUUAAUCUUAAAAUCAGCUUGUUGGGUGAUUGCCAAAUCGGAAAAACCAGCUUUUUGGUGAAAUAUGUGGGAAAUGAAAAGGAGCAGGGAAGGGAAGAGAGGAAAGGACCAAAUCAUAUGGACAAAACAAUGGUUGUGAGCGGAGCACGUAUAUCCUAUUGUAUCUGGGAAGUUCAAGGAGAUGGAAAAUCGCAAGACCAGCUUCCAAUGGCAUGUAAGGACUCAGUGGCAAUUUUGAUCAUGUUUGAUCUAACUAGUCGAUGCACAUUAAACAGUGUUGUGGGAUGGUACAAAGAAGCAAGAAAAUGGAAUCAGACUGCAAUACCAGUGUUGAUAGGAACAAAAUUUGACGAUUUCAUUCAGCUACCUAUUGAUAUGCAAUGGACAAUCGCUAGUGAGGCAAGAACAUAUGCAAAGGCAUUGAAUGCCACUUUGUUCUUUUCAAGUGCAACAUACAACAUCAACGUGAACAAGAUCUUCAAGUUCAUCACUGCAAAACUCUUCGACUUACCAUGGACAAUUGAAAGGAAUCUAAAUGUUGGAGAACCCAUCAUUGAUUUCUAA